UGUGACUAUAGUUCAAGUACCCAUUUAAUUAAGAUAUAAAAUAAUGUCCUGAGAAAACCAAAGAAGGUUGACUACUCAAGAGAGUGAUUGUGUUAUUUCAUUUAAUAUCAGCAGUUGUUUAUCCCUGAGUUCAAAGAGUUCAAGCACUAUCUGAAGUCAAAUGACGCCAAGAGGGCACAGUCAGGGCUUGAAAACAUUUUGAAAUGUUAAAAACAUUUAAACCAGAACCACAUUGACUGAUAAUAAUCGAUAAUUGCAAUUAAAUAAAUGGGAUAUUAUAUAAAGCAUAGAACAUAAAUAAAUAAGAACCGAAAAUGUCACUACCAGAUAAAUUGAACUUCAUCCCUGACAAAGAUUUGGCGUUUCACAGUUUAAGUCAAGAACUUCAUGGUUACACGAUGGUGCACCGGGUAGCUACAGACGAGCGGCCUUUUGAGACGCCCUCGUCUGACGAGAGUGGCAUGGGACGAAGCGACUCCCCCAGCGAUGACUCUGAGCCAGAAGCAGCACUGGUGGUACCACCAGACGGUGGUUGGGGCUGGGUUGUAGUAGCAGCAUCAUUCAUGUGCAAUUUCGUGGUGGACGGCAUCAUAUUCUCUGGAGGAUGCCUUUUAGAACCAAUACGGGAAACUUUCGCUGUUACAAAUUCUCGCGUAGCACCAGUCAACUCUUUGCUUUCAGGAUUCUACCUUUUAGUGGGUCCCUUCGUUUCCGCCUUGGCGAACAAAUACGGGUUCCGGUCGGUGACGAUAGUCGGCAGUGUACUGGCGAGCGCCGCAUUUGCUCUCUCUUAUUUUGCGACCAGCGUGGAGUAUCUUUAUCUCGUUUAUGGCGUAGUCGGAGGUAUCGGCUUGUGCAUGAUCUACAUGCCAGCAGUGCUGGUGGUGGGAUUCUACUUCGAAAGAUGGCGCGCGCUCGCAACCGGCCUUGCGCUUUGCGGCUCUGGCGUCGGCACCUUCGUGUUCGCGCCCCUCACCAAAUACCUGCUAUCAAAUUACGCAUGGACAACCACACUAGUAAUACACGCAGGAUUAAUUCUGCUAUGCACACUUUUCGGCUCUUUGUUCAGACCAAUCAAGCCGGUCAGAGUAACAUUAGCCGAUCAAGUCGAAGAGGACGACGCGUCGCGGCGCCACGAAGAAGCUGUAGAAAAGUUGAACUCAAUGCUCAAACUUCAUAGUAAACUGGAUUCCGGAAUCUCCAUGCCACCAGAAAUGAGGUUUACGAACAAAAUCAGCCCUCACACGUGGAUGGGAGUCGCGAACAACACUCGCUAUCCGACGGCUGAAGAAGUAUUCCGUGGUAGCAACUCACAUAUUAGCAGACGCUCAUCUGCAACUACAGGAACAUUAAAGAACCACCUCGCAAAUAAACCAAUGUUCAUUGCCGUCCCGGUAGCGGAAAAAGACGAGCAGGAAGACUCCAACAGUAACCUUGACAACGUCGAACCUCUCAUCUCGAGUCCCAUUAAAGUUGUCACCAGAGACGCACGGCCACGACGCUCUCACCUCGAUCUAGUCGCGAGACCUCUUUACCGUGACGAUAUUUUCUUCGGUGGCAGUUUGGCCAGACUUCCGAAAUAUACUUCUCGUACCUCCCUCGGCUACCAUUUAGCCGUAACUCAUGUUCCUACGCAAGAGGACGCUCAAGAAGAAACUUCCGGAAAAUGUAAACUAUGUCCUGAAGCUGUUAAACGUGCUUUGGCUACAAUGUUGGACGUUAGCCUUUUCCGAUCACCCACCUUUGUCAUUCUCGCCGUCAGCGGUUUUUUCACAAUGCUUGGCUUCUUCGUCCCUUAUAUGUAUGUAGCCGAAAGAGCAGAACGUAGUGGUAUGAGUAAAGAUACCAGCGUGAUGUUGGUAUCUGCUAUCGGAAUAUCGAAUAUAGUGGGACGUGUCGCCUGCGGAUUGGUAUCGUCGAUGCCGAAAGUAUCUCCUUUGUGGCUUAACAACAUUGCCUUAUCUGCCGGAGGAAUUGCUACGAUGCUCAGUGGAUUAAGCUACACUAACUUAUAUCAGUUUGCUUAUUGUGCAAUCUUCGGUCUUGCAGUGGCGUGCUUCGCUUCCCUGCGGUCAAUCCUGGUAGUGGAGUACAUUGGAUUAGAGCAGCUUACCAACUGCUUCGGUCUUUUCCUGCUAUUCCAAGGCUUCGGAGCGCUUCUCGGCGGACCCAUUGCUGCCGGGCUCAUGGACUUAACCCAAAAACACGAUAUCUCCUUUUACGUCUCCGGGGGAUUCUUGCUCUUAUCCGCUGUCAUGUGCUAUCCAAUCGACUACAUCAGCCGGUGGGAGAAAUCCAGGAACAAGCUCGCUUCUUCGCCAAAAGUAUGAAGACAAUGAAUAUACCUACUACUUAAACUAAUUGAAGUGAAAAAUACUUUUUUUUAAACUGUUGCGUAAAAGGUAAAACUAACCUUAGAAAGAUAGUUUAAAUUUCGAGAUUUGAACGUUUAAUACACGCGCACGCGAAGCUCCGUCUUAGAUUUAUAUCAAUGACAUACUUUUUUAAUAAUCUAUGGUCCGUUUUAGGGCGCUAUCGAUGUCUUUACUCUACUUAAUAAUUUUUAGAUUUAUAAUUUGAUAUAAUUUUAACGCAACACUGCCCCAUUUUUUUAUUUAUGAAAUUAUAGGUAUUUAUAGUUCAAACUUUUUAACCGAGCGUUCGGAAAGAUAUAAUCAAGAUGGUUAUGUAGAACUAUUUUCCGAUUUUUUAUAUACAUUCUGUAAUAUUCCUACCUAUUUUACGUCUCAGGCCCAUUGUUUACGUUUCCAUUUGGACAAACGUAACGCCGUCGUUAGCGUAUAUUAUCUUUUAUUUUAUAAGGACGAACGUAUUGUGGCUAUCCGGCACUACAUACGAAAUAAUGCACCUCAUUUAUUUAAGACUAGAAAAAUGAAAACAUAACAAAACGUAACUCCGGCGUUAAUAUGUUUUAAAUUUGAAAACCUACAAUCAGGUCAUUGUAGUCAUUAUAUCUAA